GCACCCCUGGGUGGCAGAUGGAAGGGCUGGCGCGGAGCACAUCCUGGUAGAUCAGAGACCAGCAGGGAGCGGGGCCGCUUCCUCAGUCCGCCCGCACGCAGAAUGGCAAGUCUUCCUUCCUGCAGAGCGCCUGGGGGGACACAGAGCCAUCAGGAACCAUGAGCAACCCAUUUGCACACCUCGCUGAGCCUUUAGAUCCUGCACAACCAGGAAAGAAAUUCUUCAAUUUGAAUAAAUUGAACGAUUCAAGAUAUGGACGCUUACCAUUUUCUAUUAGAGUUCUCCUGGAGGCAGCCAUUCGGAACUGUGAUCAAUUUCUGGUGAAGAAAGAUGACAUUGAAAAUAUCCUAAAUUGGAAUGUCAUGCAGCACAAGAACAUAGAAGUGCCAUUUAAGCCUGCUCGGGUAAUCCUACAGGACUUCACGGGUGUGCCAGCCGUGGUAGACUUUGCUGCAAUGCGUGACGCUGUGAAAAAGUUAGGAGGAGAUCCAGAGAAAAUCAACCCCGUCUGUCCUGCUGACCUUGUAAUUGAUCAUUCCAUCCAAGUCGAUUUCAACAGAAGGGUAGACAGUUUACAGAAGAAUCAAGACCUGGAAUUUGAAAGGAAUCGAGAACGAUUUGAGUUUUUAAAGUGGGGCUCUCAGGCUUUUCGCAACAUGCGGAUCAUUCCCCCUGGCUCGGGAAUCAUCCACCAGGUGAACCUGGAGUAUUUGGCCAGAGUGGUAUUCGAUCAGGACGGAUAUUACUACCCAGACAGCCUUGUGGGCACGGACUCGCACACGACCAUGAUCGAUGGCUUGGGCGUUCUCGGGUGGGGUGUGGGUGGCAUCGAAGCAGAAGCUGUCAUGCUGGGUCAGCCAAUCAGCAUGGUGCUUCCCCAGGUGAUUGGCUACAGGCUGAUGGGAAAUCCUCACCCUCUGGUCACAUCCACUGACAUCGUGCUGACCAUCACCAAGCACCUCCGCCAGGUUGGGGUAGUGGGAAAAUUUGUCGAGUUCUUCGGGCCAGGAGUAGCCCAGUUGUCCAUCGCUGACCGAGCUACGAUUGCCAACAUGUGUCCAGAGUAUGGUGCAACCGCUGCCUUUUUCCCAGUGGAUGAAGUCAGCAUCAAGUACCUGGUACAGACAGGUCGUGAUGAAGAGAAGGUCAAGUACAUUAAGAGGUAUCUGCAGGCUGUAGGAAUGUUUCGGGAUUUCAAUGACUCUUCCCAGGACCCAGACUUUGCCGAGGUGGUGGAGUUAGACUUGAAAACGGUAGUGCCUUGCUGCAGCGGACCCAAGCGGCCUCAGGACAAAGUCGCCGUGUCCGACAUGAGGAAGGACUUUGAGAGCUGCCUCGGAGCCAAGCAAGGGUUUAAAGGGUUCCAAGUUGCUCCGAACCAUCAUGACGACCAUAAGACGUUUAUCUACAACAACAGCGAAUUCACCCUCGCUCACGGCUCUGUGGUCAUCGCUGCCAUCACUAGCUGCACGAAUACCAGCAAUCCGUCCGUGAUGCUAGGGGCAGGCUUGUUAGCCAAGAAAGCCGUGGACGCCGGCCUGACCGUGAAGCCUUACAUCAAAACGAGCCUGUCUCCGGGGAGCGGCGUGGUCACCUACUACCUGCGGGAGAGCGGGGUCAUGCCGUACCUGUCCCAGCUGGGGUUUGAUGUCGUGGGCUAUGGGUGCAUGACCUGCAUUGGCAACAGCGGGCCCUUGCCUGAGCCUGUGGUGGAAGCCAUCACGCAGGGAGACCUUGUCGCUGUCGGAGUGCUCUCUGGGAACAGGAAUUUUGAAGGUCGAGUCCACCCCAAUACCCGGGCCAACUAUUUAGCCUCUCCGCCCUUAGUGAUAGCGUAUGCAAUUGCUGGGACCAUCAAGAUCGACUUUGAGAAAGAGCCACUGGGAGUGAAUGCAAAGGGACAGCAGGUGUUUCUGAAGGAUAUCUGGCCAACGAGAGAUGAGAUCCAGGCGGUGGAGCGUCAGUACGUCAUCCCUGGGAUGUUCAAGGAGGUCUAUCAGAAAAUAGAGACUGUGAAUGAAAGCUGGAAUGCCUUAGCAGCCCCGUCAGAUACGCUGUAUUACUGGAAUCCCAAAUCUACCUACAUUAAGUCACCACCAUUCUUUGAAAACCUGAUGCUGAAGCCGCAGCCCGCUAGAUCUAUUGUGGAUGCCUAUGUGCUGCUGAAUUUGGGAGAUUCAGUAACAACUGACCAUAUCUCUCCGGCUGGAAACAUUGCAAGAAACAGCCCUGCUGCUCGCUACUUAACUAACAGAGGCCUGACUCCGCGGGAAUUCAACUCCUACGGCUCCCGCCGGGGCAACGAUGCCAUCAUGGCUCGGGGCACCUUUGCCAACAUCCGCUUACUGAACAAAUUUUUGAACAAGCAGGCACCGCAGACGAUACACCUGCCUUCUGGAGAAGUGCUUGAUGUGUUUGAUGCCGCUGAGCGGUACCAGCAGGCGGGCCUUCCCCUGAUUGUUCUGGCCGGCAAAGAGUACGGCUCCGGCAGCUCCCGGGACUGGGCAGCCAAGGGCCCUUUCCUCCUGUGAAGAGUAAUCUGGAGGU